AUGGAGGCAAAGGAACACUGGUUCCUGCCAGGGUUUCUGGUUCUUGCUAUGGUAAUAGCUCAAGGGACAACUAGUAAAUAUCUUUCUCGUCCUCAAUGCUACAAGAAAACUGAAAAAGCUACCACCUAUACAUGUGAAUGGACGAAGUCUGGGCCUAUGCAAAAUGCCACCUAUGAGCUUUUUUACAAGCGCUCCAAUUCUGCUGAAAAUAAAAAAUCAUUGGGCAAAAAUCAGCAGAGCUAUAUCUUUGUGAAUGACGAUAAAGUGCUCGAAAAAGUGCCCGUGGAUCUAUGGGUGGUUGCUUAUAUAGGCAACUGGAGCUGCCAGUCACACAGUACCUCUGUUCGACUUAAUGAAAGUGUUAAGUAUGAAGCGCCCCAAAAUAUGUCUAUGUCAAGAUCCUCAAGUAAUCUUACCCUCAGCUGGGUUAACAAGGAAGUGAAAAAUCACAUGCCGGAAGAUGUUGUAUUAGAGGUCAAGUUCAGAAGAUUAGAGAAAACCUCCGGGAUAUGGAACACAACUGAAACACAAGUCAAACAAGCCAUGGUCACUCUGGAGAAUCUCCAGAACCAAUACAUGUACCAACUGCAGGUCAGACAAAAGUCCAAGCAUGUCAAAUGUCCCCUGUGGAGCGACUGGACUCCAAUAUUGGACGUUCCCACUGAAAUCCAAAAUCCCACAGAGGUUAAGUGGACAGUGGAGGAUUUUAACAAUGGUACCCGACUACUCAAGCUGACUUGGGGUACACCACCUUAUCCAGUCUCUGUGGGACAGGUGAAAUAUAACCUCUCUCUCCAUAUUUGGCCUUGCCAACUAAAGCGAAAGAACCACACCAAUAUCACUACCACUGAGUUCAGUGUUUAUGUGACUUACUCUGCUGUCAGUGGUUACAUUUUUUCCUUUAAUAAGGUGGGAAAGUCAUCGCAGACUCAUAUCCUUGUCCCAGCAAAACAUCUUACAUAUCCCAGGAAGUCUUGGCCUGAUGACAAACUCAUCCCACGCAAUUAUACCCCUCGCCUUAAAAAUUCCUGUCUGGAAUGGUACAAGCUAACAGACGGAGAAACACAACCAGCCAAAGUGAAUAUAUCAAAGAUUAUGAAUGGAACAGUGGAGGAAACACUCAAAUCUAUCAGACAAAAGAUGGACGACUAUGUACGUUACUUUUACCUCGUUCACAAACAAACUGAUGGAAAGCCACAAACAACAGAAAUGCGUCUCAUGUAUAAAAAAGAGGGUGCAGCUAGUAAGGCACCUGAGAAUUUAACUGUUAAUGUAAUAACCAACUCUGCAAAGCUGCAUUGGAAACCUAUUCCUGUGCAAGACCAGCAAGGCUUCCUUACACACUACGAAGUCUGCUACACAAGAAGCCAAAAUGAUGGGGCGAUUGAAAUAAAAAAGUGUCACAACAUUUCAGCAUCAAAAACAGAGUACCUUAUUCAAAACCUGACACCUAAGUCCGUAUACAAUAUCUAUCUUGCUGGAGCAACAGCUGCAGGCUCAGGACCAAAUAUAUCUAUACAUAUCUUCACAAAGCUUCAACCCAAGUCCAUUAAUGGUUGGAUGAUAGCUGGCAUAAUUGUUUUAAUUGCAAUAUUAAUAACAAUAUGCUUAUUUAUCAUCAUCAAGAGACAUAAAAGCAAGAUCUUCCCACCAAUACCACGUCCUAUGGUCGCAGAGUCCAAUAACUAUCGAGUGAGUACUCAGGACAUGUAUGAGAUUAAGGAAGAGGUGCAUGAGCUGCAGCUACAUGACAAGAGCAGCAAAGAUCCCAACCCUGAGGAAGCCCCUCUCCUGGAGGUGUGUGAAGACUCGAACGAGAAGAGCCUUGGAGACUCCAGCACACCAGAUGGAGUCAGUGACCCACUGACCUCUAAUUUUAGGGGCCAGGUGUUAAGUCUAGAAACCGCCGAUCCAAGCCAAAGAGAGAUUGACUGUGAAGUCACCAUGCUGAUGUAUAGGAACGGUCUGGUCUUUGAUAUGAAGGCAGACUCCACCGAGGAUGUCGGGACGCCACUGUAG